GGCUUCCAGUUGUCGCUUGCAGAUUUGCUGCUUGUCUUAUUUGGUUUUCAUGCUGUGUUGAAGCCGAGGAAUUAUGAUGCAUCUGGAAACGACAAUGCGUCGCGGGAAGCAAGAUGAGAAGAAGUUAGAACAGGAGCGGCUCCAGCAUAUUCUUUUAGAGAUGCUCAAAGAAGACGAGAACAAAUACUGCGCAGAUUGUCAAGCUAAAACACCCCGGUGGGCCGCAUGGAAUCUGGGAGUGUUUAUUUGUAUUCGUUGUGCAGGAAUUCAUCGAAAUUUGGGGGUACAUAUCUCAAAGGUGCGUUCGGUUAAUUUGGAUUCGUGGACGGCAGAACAGGUUCAGUCUAUGCGUGUUAUGGGUAACGAAAAAGCUCGCAAGGUUUACGAGUAUUCACUUCCUGAGCACUUCCGUCGAUCGAUGUCCGAUCAUCAGAUGGAACAGUUUAUACGUGCUAAAUAUGAGCAGAAAAGGUAUAUUAUGCCAAAUUUUGUUUAUCCUCGAGUAGACGUUAACGAGUUACCAAAACCGGGUCAGCCAAUCACGAAACACAAGGACAGUUCUGCUUCGGCUUCACUUACAUCGCCUACCAUUGCACGGGUUUCUGCUCCAGCUGGUGCAACUCCGAAAUCUUCAGGGAAUGCAGUUGUUAGCGAUCUUUUGGACUUCUCAUCUCCACCUAAUUCAUCACAACAGGCUAAUGGCGGACAUACAUUAGUUGGAGAUUUGUCAUCUCUAUCCAUCACUAAUGAUCAUCAGAACGUUACGGCAAGCAAGUCAUCAGAUCUUGAUGAUAUGUUCGGUUCGUUUACAUCUGCUCCUGUGAUCGAUGCUGUAUCUGGUGCAAGUGCCAUGGAGCAGCCCUCUCCUACCGGAUCUAUGAAGCAGCCUGCCUCCACUACACAAGCCGCCGGAGAUCUGAUGUCGUUAUCUGCUGCUGGAGGUAGUGAAGAAAAGAAGACUACUGCUGAUAUUCUUUCCUUAUUUGGCGAUCAAGCAAAGAAUCCUGUCCACCCCAUCAUGCCCGUUGGAGGUUUUGCAGCUUUUGGACUGCAGGCAGCACCACCAAAAACUCAGCAGCAACAACAAACAUCUACUGGGGAUCCAUUUGGUGCUCCUCCUGCGGUAGCGCCAACAAUGGGUGCGGUACCCAUUGGUAUGAAUCCCUUGAAUAGUGCACCAUUGGGGGCUGCUCCCAUGGGUUUGCCUAUGGGAGCGCCUAUGAGUGUACCACCUAUGAUGGCUGGGACGGCGUUGCCUGGUAUGGCUAUGCCACCUGUUCAGUCUUUUGGAUUCCCCAAUCCGUUUGAACAAACAAGUGCAGCAAUGGGGAUGCAAGGCCUGCAGUUGGGAAUGAUGGCAUCGCCAGUAGCACCCACAGGUAAUGCUCCAGUGAUGCAACCACAGUCACCCAAGGCGGAGUCUGCAUACUCAUCUCGAGCCAAUAAUGCGUUUGCUGAUCUUUCUAUCGGGAAGGUUAUGAACAUGAACUAUAUGGCUGGAAAGACGUCAACUCCAUCUCCUGCCCCAAAACCCCCAUCAUCAACAACACCAGCUAACAUGAACUUUGACGACUUACUUGGAUUGUAAUGUGAUGUUACAUGUGUAUCUUGGAAUACUCACGAUCGAGUUGCACUUGCGUUUAUUAGACCUUUUCUUCAUUUGCUCACUUGCGCAUGGAAAUUUAUCUUAGAACAGUUUUUUUCACUAGGUAAAGGGUUCUCACUAUAGUGGCAGCGAAUGCCAUAAAUUCAUUCGUUAUUCUACAAGUGAUCUACAUAGGAUUCUUUAAUUCGCGAUCUUUCGUGAUACUGACAUUUUAUAGAUCUAGCGCUAGAUUCUUUACAACUCACUUCUUAAUGGAACAGCUUGGUCUGUUCUCUAAAGCUAUUUAAUACCUCGGAACUUUAGAUGCCUUUUCGAAUUAAUGAUUGAGUGACUAUGUAGCUCGUUUCCUCACUAUAAAUUUGCUUGACUUGGAUGUGGUUGAUUUUUUUUUGUUAACUUUGUUCCGUAUCCCGUCAUUCCUUCUGGGUUGUGAUGUUAUGUUGUGAUGGGC